AUGCCGAAUCCUUCCUGUGAGUUUCCCGAAGUGUCGACCUUACGCUCUGGUGGACAGCCCGACGACCACGCCGUGGUCCGUAGUGCCAACCGACGGCCUAUUUCUACGUUGCAUGCUGUGUUCCUGCGGAUUGAAAUUGUACAAGGCAUAUUGACUGCCUUGGUCAGGUUCUUCGUCCCACGUCAAACCAUCCGCAGCAUGGCCGACGAACGCCGAAAGCAGAUUUUGGCCUCCCGUCGCACUACCCUGCUCGCCUCGCUAGGACGUGCUGAGCAGUUUAUGGCGCAGUACCAGGAGGAACGGGACAAGCUCGAGGUCGAAUUGCGGUUGGAGAAUUUGGACGUGAUUUGGCAGGGGUUGGAGGACGUGCAGGCCGAGUUAGAGGAAAUGGAGGAAGGUAACGAAGGCAUGGUGAGGAAUCUGUCCUAUCGCUCUAACUUUGAACCGUUGCUCUUUAAAAUAAAAGCUUUCCUACGCUCUAAACUUCCUGCUCCUAUUAAUGUGAACGGAAAUCUUCCUCCACCCACUACCACCGGGGCUCCUUCCACUCUAAAGGGUCUGAAACUGCCUACUAUCUCGUUGCCUGAAUUCUCGGGGGACUACAAAGACUGGCUAGCCUUUCACGACACGUUUCUGGCACUAAUACACACAAACACGGAUGUGGCGGACAUCCAAAAAUUCCAUUAUCUAAGGGCUGCUAUCAAAGGUGAAGCAGCUCAACUAAUUGAGUCAAUUGGGAUUAGCGCAGCAAAUUAUCCAUUGGCUUGGGACGCUCUCGUCAGCCGUUACGCAAAUGAGUACCUCCUACGAAAACGCCACCUCCAAGCACUGUUGGACUGUCCGAAGAUGAAGAGAGAGUCUGCAUCCGCCUUGCAUGCCAUAGUUGAUGACUUCGAGCGGCAUGUGAAAGUUUUAGGUCAGCUGGGAGAACCUGUGGAUAGCUGGAGUACCAUGCUGGAGCACAUCCUUUGUACGCGAUUGCAUGAUGAUACCCUGAAGGCCUGGGAGGAUUAUGCGUCCACUCUGAAUGCUGUUACGUACAAACACCUCGUUGAAUUCCUCCAUCGUCGUAUGCGAGUCCUCGAAUCGAUCUCGGUUAAUCAGCACCAUCAGUCCGCCACUCCACAGCCACAAACUUCGUUUCCCAGAAAGCCAUUUCCGAUCAAGGUUUCUUCCCACGCAGCCGUUGAAGGUUCGUCGAUGAAAUGCUACGCCUGUGAUCAACGCCAUCCUCUGAUAAAGUGCUACAAGUUCGAGAAGUUUCCGAUUGCCGAAAAGAUGAGUCUCCUCAAUUCCAAACGACUUUGUCUCAACUGCUUCCGCAACGACCAUCUCGCUCGGAAUUGUGCCUCUAAGUACAGUUGCAAGGUUUGUCAAAAGCGUCAUCACUCCCUGAUCCACGCUGCCUACUCUGAGAGUUCCAAUCGUCCCAAUGUUGAACCAUCGUCGUCAGGUGCUUCCAAGUCUUCCGUGCAAACCAACGUAGCCACUUCGAGUCCAGCUGAACUGCUGUCAGCGUCCACGUUGUCCAAGCCAGAAGAGAGCGUUUGCAGUAUCCCAAUGCAAGGUUGUGGUAGAAACGUCUUCAUGUUGACAGUGGUUCUCAAGGUCGUCGACUGCUAUGGUCAAGAGCAUUUGGCACGUGCUCUAUUGGAUUGUGCAUCCCAGCCGAACAUAAUCUCCGAGAACAUGGCGCAGAUCCUACGAUUGCAACGCAGCAAAGUGAACGUUUUGAUUCAUGGAGUUGGAGAAAAACCUCAGCACGCUCGCAAUGCUGUCCGAACGCAGAUUCGCUCACGAAAGGAAGAUUUCGCUCUCGACGUUGAUUUCCUGGUCCUUAAAAGCGUUAUCCCUAAACUUCCUGCCCACGACGUGCUCAUCGAAGAUUGGAACCUGCCCCAGGACUUGUUCUAUGCUGAUCCAAACUUCAACCUGAGCGCCGGUAUCGACAUGAUCAUCGGGAACGAACAUUUCUUCUCAUGCUUCAAGUCUGCCGCCAGAAUUCACGUGUCCGAUUCCCUACCACUACUGGUAGACAGCGCCUUCGGUUGGAUAGUCUCUGGUGCCGUCAAUACCCCCAAGAACAGCCAAGAAGCAUCCGCUUGCUCCAUCACCACCAUGUCCUUGGUAUCGCUAGAAGAAAGCUUGGAACGUUUCUGGGAGGUAGAGGAACUUUCGACCAGAUCUGCUUAUUCGAUGGACGAGAAGAGAUGCGAAGACCUCUAUGCGUCAACAGUCAGUCGGAACCCUGAAGGACGAUACAUAGUACGACUACCACGGAAACAAAAUUUUGAUGAGCUUAUUGGAGAAUCGAGAGCUACAGCACUGCGUCGUUUCGAGCUCCUCGAGCGCCGACUGGACCGAGAUUCCCAGUUGAAAGAGGAAUACCAUAAGUUCAUGCGAGAGUAUUUGGAGCUGGGCCAUAUGCGAUUGGUUUCCGAUGAGGAGGUUGAAGGAUCAAUCCAAUGUUUCCUUCCGCAUCACCCAGUGCUAAAGGAGGCCAGCACGACAACAAAGGUCCGCGUCGUCUUUGAUGCCUCCGCCAAGACGUCCUCCGGUCACUCGCUGAACGAAGCAUUACUCGUAGGGCCGGUAGUGCAGGACGAUAUUCACGCCAUUUGCCUUCGCUUCCGAACCUUCCCAGUAGCCGUUGUGAGUGAUGUAGCGAAAAUGUACCGCCAAGUUUUGCACCAUCCAGACGACACACCGUUCCAACAAAUCCUGUUUCGCUUCCAUGAUGCUGACCCAGUCCAAACCUACCGCCUUCUGACUGUAACGUACGGCAUGGCACCCUCUUCCUUCCUAGCAACACGUACAUUAGUUCAACUGGCCGACGAUGAAGGAGAUGCGUACCCCCUGGGAGGACCAGCAGUCAAAAAAGGAUUUUACGUUGAUGACUUUAUUGGUGGUGCACAGUCGAUUCCUGAAGCCAUCCAGCUGAGGACCGAAUUAGGAGACCUGAUGGCGAAGGGCGGAUUCUGUCUGAGGAAGUGGACCUCCAACAAGCUUGAAGUUCUACAGGGACUGGAGCCUGACCAAAUCGGGACUCAAUCCGCAAUACAAUUCGGCAAGGAUGAAACGAUCAAGGCUUUGGGGAUUAGUUGGGAACCCGAGGCGGACAUCUUCCGAGUUGAAACCGCAUUACGACCUAGCCAUGGACCGAUCACGAAGAGAACCAUUCUGUCCGGCAUAUCCCAGCUGUUCGAUCCCCUGGGUAUAGUAUCACCCGUUGUCAUCCGUGCAAAAAUGUUGAUGCAGCUCCUAUGGUUGCAACCUUGUGGCUGGGACGACGCCGUUUCGGAAUCGAUUGCCGACAAAUGGAACAGCUACACCAAGCAAUUACCGAAGCUCUCUGAUUUCCACGUACCACGCUACACUCUCCUCCCGAACGCUACAAUCCAGCUCCACACCUUCUCUGAUGCGUCUGAAGCGGCAUACGGUGCAUGCACGUACGCCCGAUCAGUGGAUUCCCAGGGCAACGUAGCCGUCCACCUCCUAGCGUCAAAAUCACGUGUCGCUCCACUGAAGCGUAUUAGCCUUCCGCGGCUCGAACUAUGUGCCGCCGACCUUGCAACGAAACUGCAUACAAAAAUCAGCGAGGCACUCCAGAUCGACGUUUCCGCUUCCUAUUUUUGGAGUGACUCCACCGUUACGCUCCAAUGGAUUCGCGCUCCUCCUAACAAUUGGAAGACGUUUGUGGCUAACCGCGUCUCCGCCAUCCAAUCAGCUACCCACGGUGCACACUGGAACCAUGUAGCUGGAAAGCAGAACCCCGCCGACCACGUAUCUCGAGGCAUGGAAAUCGACGAUUUCAUCCAAUGCAAAGAAUGGAAGCACGGACCAAAAUGGCUUUCGCUACCAGAAAAGCAAUGGCCAUGUGAGCGAGUGCCAGAAUACCCAGAUGAUGGAAAGGAACGUAGAAAGGUCGUCGUGGCAGUAACCAGAAGCGAAGCGCUCGUCAACCCAUACUUCGCUUCAUUCUCCUCACAUUCCGCAAUGGUCCGCAUUACCGCAUACUGCCUACGAUUUGUCCGCUACUGUCGUGAAAAACGCCGUACACUUCCCUCCUGUGAUCCGCUUUCCAACAACGCACUUUCGCAAGAGGAAUUUGCCGCUAGCCAGUCGAUGCUCAUCAAGUUGACUCAGGCCGACGGUUUCAAAGAGGAGUUGAAGCACCUACGCAGUGGCAAUGCAGUUUCGAAAAAGUCGCCAAUCCGCCGUCUAAGCCCCAUACUAGACCCUGAAGGCAUAAUUAGAGGCGUAAUACAUGCCUGCUUCCGCUGCAACCGAGCGAGUCCCGUCCCAGCAACACAGCAGCUUGGCCAGCUUCCAGUCCACCGCAUUCGACCGAGCCGUCCGUUCAGCAUCACCGGCGUCGACUUCGCUGGACCAGUUUAUCUUCGGGCAAUCCACAAGAGAGCACAACCAACGAAGGCCUACAUCUGCAUCUUUGUGUGCUUCAGCACGAAGGCUGUCCACAUCGAACUGGUUGGGGACCUAUCGACACCCGCGUUCCUGGCAGCGUUCCGGAGAUUCGUGUCCCGCAGAGGUCGACCAUCCGAUGUCUAUUCCGACAACGGGAAAAAUUUUGAAGGCGCAAAAAAUGAGCUGGAGGAAAUCCAUAGUCUGCUGCAGGAAAACACCGACAACAUCCACACCUUUUGCGCCAACCAAUCCAUCAAUUGGCACCUGUGUCCACCAAAGGCGCCUCACUUCGGUGGAUUAUGGGAGGCAGCCGUUAAGGUUGCCAAAACACAUCUGUAUCGCCAGCUGGGGAACUCUCGUCUGACAUUCGAGGAGAUGACGACGCUGCUGACUCAAAUCGAAGCAGCAAUGAACAGCCGACCACUGGUGCCCCUUUCCGAGGAUCCGAACGACCUGGCGUGUCUAACUCCUGCACACUUUCUAAUUGGAUCAACGAUGCACGCAGUCCCCGAGCCGGAUCUCACGAAAGUUUCCCUCAGCAUGCUCGACCGUCUCCAAGCAACACAACGAGCGUAUCAGCAAUUCUGGCACCAUUGGCGAAGCGAGUAUUUGCAAGAACUGCAGCUGUGCAACAAAAUCAACAAGCCGAACGACGCUUUUCUUCCCGGCCGACUCGUAAUCCUCGUCGAUGAGCAGCAGCAUCCGGUGAAGUGA